UGGAUAUAUAUGCUAAAUAAUCCCCACUCCCACCAGCUAGCUAGUUGUUCUAGCAAAGGACCAAGGAAGAAGAUCCAUCUCUUCGAUUGAUUUCGUUCUAGGUGCAUAGCGUAGUUUCACUAGCAGAGUACUUUACCUUCUCCUCUAAAACAGACGACCUCCUCUGGUGCAGCUCGAGCCAGCAAACCAUGCAACCCAUGGAGGGGGUUCUGGUUGCUUUGGCAUCCUACGGCGCCACCAUGCUCGCAGAGAUGGCCAAAGAUAAGUUGGCCAUCGUGACCAGGGUCUCCGGCGAGAUCGACGACCUUGGCGUCAAGCUCAUGUACCUCAAGAACUUCCUUGCAGAUGCUAAUAGGAGGGGCAUCGCUGACGAGAGCAUGCGGAGGUGGGUGGAGGAACUGAAGCAUGCCAUGUACGACGACGUAACUGACAUCCUCGACCAGUGUCGGCACAAGGUCACGGAGUAGGAUUCAUCCAAGGGCAUGCUCUUUUGCACGAGGAAUCCACUCCAGGCAUCACCAAAUUAUUGGAAGUGAACCACUCUUUGUUAGGCGAUGUAAUAAUGUAGGGACUUGAUACUACGGAUCCUACUCGUAUAGUGCACAAGCCUAACCAACUUGGUAUGGCGAACUCGCAAAAAAAAUAAAAAAAUCUCCUCCCUCCAUUUAUGUAAGCAAAUAAAACUGUGAUGUAAAAAUGUA